AUCUUUUAAUUAGUUACAGUUUCUAUUAGACAUAAAAGAGAAAGAGAGAGAGAUGGAGAGAAUGCUGUCAGUUACUAUUUCUUUAAUUAUAUUUCUCUAUGCAGUUGAAGUGGUUUCUUUUGCCUUUGGGCAUCCACUUUGCUCUUCUCAUGACUCCCUUGCACUUUUACAGUUUAAGCAUUCACUUGUCAUGGCGGACUAUCCACUUUGCUCUUCUGAUUAUCCUUAUAUCUAUGACGUCCUGUUCCAUUGCCAAUCUUCUGUUCCUAAGAUGACGUCUUGGAAUAGGAGUAGUAUGGAUUGUUGUACGUGGAAUGGAGUUACUUGUGACAGCCUCACCGGGCAUGUGAUUGGUUUGGACCUCAGUUUUAGCAAACUUGAAGGAACUAUUCAUCCCAAUAGUAGCCUUUUCCAGCUUCAACAUCUUCAAAAACUUGAUCUUUCAAUUAACAAUUUUCUGGAAUCUCAUAUUCCACAGAGUAUUGUUCAGUUGGUCCGUUUGACGCAUCUCAACCUUUCUUAUUGUUAUCUCGAAGGAAGGAUUCCGUUAGAAAUCUCGUACAUGUCCAAUUUGGUUUCGCUUGAUCUCUCUAACUUUGCCUCUAAUGUCCAGCUUAGUGGGGAAGGGUUCAACAUGCUCUUUCAAAACUUAACCAAGUUAGAGGUACUUUCUCUUUCUUAUGUAAACAUUUCAUCCAAGAUACCCAUGAAUGUAUCAUUCUCUUCUUCUUUGAGAUAUCUAGAUCUUGGAUAUACUUACUUGCAAGGAGACUUGCCAAAAAGCAUUUUCCUCCUACCCAAUUUGGAAACCCUCAAAUUGUGGCAAAAUGAUCUUGCUAUUUCUUUGCCCAAGUUUAACUGGAGUAGUAGCCAUAUGCUAACUGAGCUAGAUCUCUCUCACAAUAAUAUCUCUGGAGGACUACCCAGUUCACUUGGAAGUCUCAAAGGCUUAAAACUUUUGCAUUUUUCUGGGUGCAACCUCAUCGGACCUAUACCGGAAUUCGUCUGGAACCUUUCACAAAUCACUCAUCUGUAUCUUUCAGGCAACCAGUUGGAGGGCAAAAUUCCUGAUGCUUUUUCCAACUUCCAAAAGCUUACACAAUUAGGACUUGACCAGAACAACUUCACUGGCCCUUUCCCAUCUUCUCUUGUGAACUUGACAAAGCUUGAAGUCUUGCACUUGUGGGACAAUUCACUCAGUGGUCCACUUCCUUUUACUGCUAGCGGACUUCAAAAUCUAAGUGAACUAGAUUUGUUUGAAAACACACUCAACGGAUCAAUCCCAUCUUGGAUGCUUAGUCUUCCUUCACUUAGGGUUUUGUACCUGGGGCACAAUCAUUUCGGUGGACCACUUCCCGAGUUUAAGACCAACUCUCUAGAAAUACUUGAUAUAUCUAAUAAUCAACUCAGUGGUCCCAUACCUCACUCGCUUAGAGAUCUUGUGAACCUAACUGAUCUCCUUCUUGGAUCAAAUAAUUUGAGUGGUGAGGUAGGAGCACAAAUGUUUUCAACAAUGAAAAACCUCGGAUAUCUUGAUCUUUCUCAUAGUGGUUUAUCAUGGAGUAGCAAUAAGGAAAACAUCAACACCACCCUUCCUAGUCUUUAUUAUUUAAGUUUAGGCUUCUGUCGCCUAAAAGAUUUUCCGAAUUUCUUGUUAAACUCUAAGCAAUUAGAGUAUUUGGAUCUCUCGGAGAAUGAAAUUCACGGCCAGUUACCGAAAUGGUUUGGUGGUUUGAGCUCAUUGCAAGAGUUUAACCUCUCUCACAACUACCUUACAAGCUUAGACCAUCUACCUUGGCAGACAAUGAGGGUUGUUGAUCUUCACUCAAACUCACUCAGAGGACCUCUGCCGUCUUCCCUUUGCGAACCGAAUAGCCUAGAUAUUCUGAUUUUGUCCCAUAACAAUUUGAGUGCUGAAAUUCCCAAUUGUUUGUUUAUUUCUAAAACUCUCAGAGUCCUAGAUCUACGAGGAAACAACCUUCGUGGUCCCAUUCCAAACAUAUUCUUGGGGUGUGGUGAGUUAAAUUAUAUUGGUUUGAGCAAAAAUCAAUUGGAAGGUCCGAUCCCCAGGUCGCUAGUCAACUGUACAUCCUUACAAGUCCUUGAUUUGGGAAACAACAAAAUCCAUGACAUUUUUCCCAUUUGGCUGGAGAGGCUGCAGGAGUUAGAGGUUCUCAUAUUGAAAUCUAAUAGAUUUCAUGGACCCAUCAGUGCUUCCCAAACAAAAUUGCCAUUUCCAAAUUUGAGGAUCUUUGACCUCUCCGUAAAUUCAUUUACUGGGUCUCUACCUAAAAAGAUUCUAAAAGGUUUCAAAGCUAUGAUGAACAUGGAUGCACACAAAUCAGGACCGGAAUAUAUGGGAGCCUAUUACUAUGGAAACUUUACAACUCACUAUUACGAAUCAGUAACAUUAGUGAUGAAAAAUCAAGAGACUGAAUUCAAAAAGAUCUUGACAAUUUUCACAAUAAUCGAUUUGUCAAGGAACAAGUUUGAGGGAGAAAUCCCAAAAUUCAUUGGGAACUUGAAUUCACUCCGGCUGCUGAAUUUAUCUCGUAACAACCUCACAGGGCACAUUCCUGUUGGAAUGAGGAACAUGAGCACUCUUGAAGCUUUGGACCUUUCAUUUAACCGGCUUACUGGCAAAAUUCCAAUGGAAUUGGCAAGUCUAACAUUUCUUGUGGUCCUAAAUCUGUCAUACAACCAUCUCGUCGGACCUAUUCCUCAUAGUAACCAGUUCAAUACGUUUCCAAAUGAUUCUUAUUUUGGAAACUCGGAUUUGUGUGGAUUUCCAUUGUCAAAUGAAUGUGGGCAGCGUAAGAGUGCAUCAGUACCAGUAUUGUCGGUUGAACAAGAAGUCGAUGAGGCAAGUUUUCUUAGUGAAAUGACUUGGCAAUCCGUCUUAAUUGGGUAUGGCUGUGGCUUGGUUUUUGGAUUUACCAUACUGUAUCUCAUAUACAAAUUUGAAAAGCCGAGAUGGUUCAUAGACCUCUUUGCAACUAUCACUCAUGAAAUGACAUAUAGAGCAAAGAGGAGAAGUCAAAGGCACAGGAACUUUCGCAGAACAAGACAGUGAAAUCUAUGAGAUUGAAAUCAGCAAGUAUGAAACAAGGGAGAUCAGAGAGCCACUAGUGACUGCUUGUUAAUGCAGAUUAUCGUUAUCAUCAUGUUCAUUAAUAGUACCUAUUUAUGUAUUUAUCUCGCCUCUGGCAAGACAUAUAAUUGUAUAAGCAACUUCUUAUUAUACAGUUCUAAAUAAAUUUGACAAUCGUGUUUUUCGUCCAA